UUGGAUUUGAACCGGUCAACGGAUGGUCGAUUGAUCCUUUCGGACUCAGUUCAACCUAUGCCUUUGUUCUUCAGAAAGCAGGCUUUGAAAACAUGUUAAUCCAGCGAGUUCAUUAUGCCAUAAAGAAAGAAUUAGCCCUUCGGAAGCAACUGGAAUUUGAGUGGAAACAAGCGUGGGCGUCCAGGGGAAUCACGUGCCACUUGAUGCCGUUUUAUUCGUACGACGUGCCGCAUACGUGUGGCCCGGACCCGAAAGUGUGUUGCCAGUUUGACUUCAAACGGCUUCCCGGCACGGGUGUGACGUGUCCCUGGCGGGUUUCCCCGGUCCCGAUCACUUCCGAAAAUGUUGAAUCACGUGCACACGUCAUCAUGGACCAGUAUCGAAAAAAGGCAGAAUUGUACGCUUCCAAUGUUGUUCUGAUACCCUUGGGAGAUGAUUUCCGCUUUGUUUCUCCCCGUGAGUGGGACGACCAGUACAACAAUUACCAAAAAUUGUUUGACUUCAUCAAUGCUGAUACGUCACUCAAUGCUGAGGUGAACUUCGGAACGCUUUCCGAUUAUUUCAAUGCGCUGAGAUCAGAAGAAGCUUUUGAGGAUUUGCCUUCGCUGACUGGAGACUUCUUUUCUUACAACGAUCGUAACGACAAUUACUGGACCGGCUAUUAUUCGUCGAGGCCGUUUUACAAACAUUUCGACAGACUUCUCACUCAUUAUUUGAGGAGCGCCGAGGUUUUAUACGUGGCGGCGUUGACUUCUGGACAAGUCCCUGGGGAAGAAUCCGUAUUGAUGCAUACCCAACUUGAUCAGGCUAGAAAAGCCUUGUCCUUGUUCCAACAUCACGACGGAAUCACGGGAACUGCGAAAGACUUCGUCGUCGACGAUUACGGAAAAAAGAUGCUCGAAGCUCUUGCAAAUUGUGAACGAGUAAUGGGAACUUCGCUGACGCGUUUGACCAAGAAAGAAAUUCAGCACAUUAGUAUGACCGAAGUCAUGCCGGAAUUCAAUACCGUCCUGCGGCCAGUUUUCGUCAACGAAGAUGUUUCCAUUGUUGUAGUCUGCAAUCCUACGCUUUCGAACCGGAAGGAAAUCGUUUCUUUUUAUUCUGAACGUGCGGACGUGAUGGUGGUGAACGCGAGGAUGCAAAUCAGUCCGAAUCCCUCGCCGAUGGAAACCGGUAGUCACUUUAUAGUGUAUUUUGAGGCUGACGUGGAACCGUUGUCGGUGAAGUCCUACUCGCUCAAGUUCGGUGUCGAGUCGAAAGAGAGCUUUGCGACAGUGACGGUGCAUGACGGGGGUUUGGAGUCGACGCAGGAUUGGUCUCGAGGACUCCCGACGCAAUUUGAGAGACGGCGUGCUAGUGAUGACGAGUUUUCCAUUGGAUUCUCUGAUACACUGUUGUUUGACUCAUCGGGGAAUUUGAAGAAGGUUCUGUUUGCUGAUGGAACCGGGAUGAACGUGAAGGUCAAGUCAAUUCAGUACGGGACCAGGUCACACGGGGAGGCCAGUGGUGCGUAUUUGUUUCUGCCGGACGGUCCUGCUAAGGAUUACGUCGUCCGAGAUCCGGCCCCAGUUGUGCGAAUCGAAGGU